AUGUCACAACUGUGUAAACGCUUGAAGAAAAUAUUUAAAGAUACUUCUUACCGAGAAGAACAGAGUGACCUUGAAAUGGGUUCUUAUAGGGACAGCCGAAGCUCAAAAGACAUCCAUCUUAGCCUACCAUCCCAGAAAGAGAUGGUUACUAAAGAAAGAGGCUCUGGGAUCAGUUACUGUCAAAUAGACCAAGAGGAGGAGAUCGAUGAUGGCUAUUACACUCCUGAAGAGAUGAAGGAGAAUCAAAUCUUGUAUAAAGACAAAACCGAGACUUUAUAAGUGAAAAGAAUGAGAUCCAAAACUUUCAAAUUGGUGACCUAGUAGGCAAAGGAACUUACGCACAAGUGUUUCAGGGUUUUGAUCUUGACACCGGAAAAAUAAUUGCUAUUAAACAAGUUCCUAUUCUAAAAUUUGCUGACAAAGACCAAGUUGAUAUUCGUCUUGCGGCAUUGAAGAAGGAAAUUAAACUUUUAAGAUCAUUUGAUCACCCAAAUAUCGUGAAAUACCUGGGGAACCAAAACGACGGGAAAGUUUUAAAUAUUUUCCUUGAAUACGUCUCUUCAGGGAGCAUUAGUUCGAUGCUGAAUCAAUACAAGUAGCUUUGAUGAAAAUUUAACUAAGAUAUAUAUUAAGAAUAUUUUGAAAGGGCUAGACUACCUCCAUGCCCAUAAUGUGAUUCAUGGAGAUAUUAAGGGCAGUAAUGUACUUGUGGAUGAUAACGGAAUUUGCAAACUCGCUGACUUUGGAGGAUCCAACAGGAUUAUAAAGCACAGCAAGCAAAGGCAAAGAAUGGUCGGUACAGCUCAGUGGAUGGCUCCAGAAGUAAUCCGAGAAUCUAAAUAUGAUAGGUUUUCAGAUAUUUGGAGCGUAGGAUGAGUAGUUAUAGAAAUGUUACAAGGAUCCCCUCCUUGGUCCGAAUGUGAUAAUAUUUACGCAGCUCUGUUUAAAAUUGCAAAGACAAGGCAACCACCUCAGUUUCCUCCUAACAUCACUUAUGAAGCGACUGAUUUUCUCCAAAGAUGACUCAAUGUAGAUUCGAAAAGGAGGCCAAAUGUGAGAACCCUUCUAAAUCAUCCAUUUAUCACAAAUGAUAAAAUGCAGAAUUCAGUACCAAAAGAUUUUUAUGGUGUUGAAAUGAUAAGCUCAAAUUUUAAAAAUUUCUAUGAAAAAUUUACUUUUGAUAACAACAUAGAAGAGGAAGAUAGCAAAAUUAAAAAUAAUUUCGAGAAUUCCAAAGAAGAAGACUCUAAGCGUAUUCAAAUGAGUGACUGAGAUGCCUCUGUACAAAGUCAUGAGCCGAAUAAGACUCUAUUACGGUACCAUACUAAGAAGAGUAUGCUUCUUCCAUGAAAUGAAGGUCUUGGGCUAGCAGGCCAUUUUGAUUUUGAUGAAUCUGAUGACCAUAAUCCUUUCGCGAAUGCUUCCAAUUCUGAAAGUAUGAAUAAGGAAUCAUCUCAUGUAAAAGUAUUCAAAGGUGGCCGCAUCAGGGGGCAGCAAAAUGAACGAUUUACAAUGAUGAAGGAUAAGUCUCAGCUACAAAAUGAGAAUGAUAGACUAGUCUUAAAAUUUCCCAAAAAGAUUGUGCUGGACGAUGAGUCUUUGAUACGGUGAAGGACCCAGAAUAAUAUUAGUAAAUUUACAAUUAUGUAA